AUGAUGUCUUGCACUGAGCUGAUCACUAUGUGUCUGCUAUCUCCCAAACAAUUCCAGAAGGACAAACCCAUUGAAGCCCCUCCACAACUCAUCAUAGACCAGGACCUGUCCAUAUUCAGAGAUAUAUUCAGGAGAGCAGACAAAAAUGAUGACGGCAAACUGUCCUUUGAAGAAUUCCAGAGCUAUUUUUCUGAUGGGGUUCUGAAUCAGGAGGAUCUGAGAAAAAUGUUCAUCCGGAUCGACAGCCAGCAAACCAAGAACAUGGAUACAGAGCUGCUAUGUGACUAUUUCUCUGAAUAUUUGGGGGAAUACAAGAAUGUUCUCAGUGCCCUGCAGAAUCUGAAUGUGACUAUAUUGACAGCCAUGGAUAAAACCAAAAUGGACUACGAGAAAGCCAAUCCCACCGAGCAGUUUGUAACCCGUUUCUUGCUGCGGGAAACAAUGAAUCAGUUGCAUUCCCUGCAGAGCUCCUUGGAGUGCGCUCUGGAAGCUGUAGAAGCCCAGACUAGGCAAGACAGACAGGAUGUUGCAAAGCUAGAGCCUAAGAGGGUUGCGCGCAAAUGCAGUCGCCGUACCGACAAGUCCUCCAGCCUUGCACCAACAGAUGCCUAUUCGGCUCUCCUGAGAACAGGUGUGCUGUCAGAUGGCGACACUCAGUGGUCGGUACAGAUCAAUCGCUUGGAGCAGCUCAUCGACAAGCUGGAAUGUACGAGUCCGAGGCUACAUCCGUUGCAGGAAGAUGUGACUUCUUGUACGACACAGAUGGAGAUCCUGGUGGCCCAGAGACAGCUUCCAAUCAAUGGAGUCUAUAUGGAUCAGUUCAAAGUGUCACUGAAGAGUUACAGUGAAUUCACGGCCACCCAAGAACACUGCUUACAUGUAUCCACCCGAGAACAUCACUCCCACCCAGGCUACAACCUAUAUGAAAUAUGGAGGAAUGAGGAGUCUUGGAAGACUCAUCUCCAGUCUGCAGAGAGCAAAACGUUCCAGAGAGCCAUCAUUGAUUAUCUUGAAGGUCCAGAACAGAUCAAGACCAUGCUUUUUCCAGGUAAAGUUAGGGUAAAGAUCAUGAAGUUGGAUUUAUAAUAGCAGUGGAACAUUCACGACUGGUGUUACCUACUGGUACAUGCACCUGCCUAAAAUCUUCAUCAAUGAGGUUGGUCAGCCUUGUAUUAAAGAUGCAGGAGUCAUAACAUUUUUUUUCGAAUAAGACUUAUAAGAGCCCCA